AUGACGCAGCCUGGUCGCGAAGGUAUGGCGCGAGACAAGGUAGGUGUUAAAAAACCACGUAGCGGCACGGACAAUGGAGACGUCACGGAGGUGGCGGCCUCUGCGCGCGCACCGCACGCAAACGCCGUCACAAGGGCCACUCGAAGUAGUACCCGCACGCAGCAAGGAUCUGCGAAUCAAGAAUCCGCAAGCGCCGCUAAGAAGCUCGACCUGCCCAAGUACAAGACGAAAGUUAAAGUGAAUACGGUGGACCCCGAACCAGAUGAUGUCGUUGCCCGCGUCGCCAGAAAGAGUAAGGAUGUCUCUUUCACAUCCAUGUCUUUGAACAACCGCGCCGGACAGUCGUGCGUCGUCACCGCCAGAGAUCUUGUGACCAUCGCAGAUGGUCAGUGCCUCACCGAUGCGAUAAUCGACUUUCACAACAUAUUGUUGAGCAUCAAACAUCCACGGACCCCUAAUGGCAAGACAUGGGCGGUUAUGGACAGCAUGGCGUAUCAGUACGCCACGGGUUACAACAAGCCGUUCCAGCACGGCAAGGGGGAAAGUCUGCUCGUCGUCGACUUUCUGGCCAUACCGGUUUUCAAGGGAAACCACUACUCGCUCAUCAUCGUGUGCGAGCCGGCGAAGUUGUUCCGCAAGGACGGGGAGGGUGAUGGGGACAAGCUGCAGAUGGUCCUGUUCGACAGCGAGGGCACACAUGCCGGGGAUCCUACCGUCUUUGAUGGCGCGAAGCUCCCAUGCACUGACACACAUGCCCACUCUUCCAUGCAGGCGCACCAGCUCAUCAGGCAGGACAAUCUGGUUGACUGUGGCGUAUUCUUGUGCCACUACUUGCGCGGACUCGUAGAGUCAGACUUCUUAACGGUGCUGAAGUAUCUGUAUUUGGACGGCGUGAGCGGUGGCCAGUACCGCCGGCGCAUGCGUGCGGAUCUGAGCGCGCAUGCAGCUUGUGAGCUCGUACCAGCGCUGACCACACGGGGGAAGAUCGUUCCACCGCAGUAUGCAACUCGGACAUCGGAAAUCGGCGCUGUGAGGGCGUCGGACGAGGUGGACAUGAGGAGCCGUCUCGCUCAGUACCAGGUCGAGGUGUACGGACUACGGAGGGAACUUGUCAUCUGGGGCGCGGCAGUGACCGCGCUCGGGAACGCCAUGGGGUACAGCAGAGAUCAGAUGCUCGCAGCUGCCGCGUACGUGGUGAAGACGGACGGAGGGGCUUAUCGGAGCAUUGAACCCGGGGGAUCACCCUCUACGCCGCCUCACCUGCCUACUGAGCGGACCGGUGGCCCCCUCCCCGCCGAACCCUGUGGCGCGCAAUCGUGUGCGAAGGGUGGGUUUGUGGCACACACGGAAUUGGGCGUAAUCCAUCAGCACCCCCGGCCCCUUCCUCCCUUAUCGCGUGCGUCUCCGGCCCAUGACAGUCCUGGUGGCCCGAAGACCCCUACCAACGGGAACGGUGAAGUCGGCCCGGGUGUACGUGCGACGACAGAGGUCCUGCUAGACAUGCCUGCUGCGAAAAGGGGGGAGAAGCGACCACGUGUCGAUGGCGGAAGCUUGGCAGCGGAAAGUACAACAGCCGCUGGUGGUGGGGGGGGAAGUGGUGGGUCCUCACAGUACACCGGGGUGCGGCGAGAGAAGAAGAGGGGGACAUGGAGCGCGAAGAUAUUGCGACAACUGCGAGCAUGGCCGUCCGCUGCGCCAGAGACUUCAGUGGCGGAGGCACCUCAGGCAGAGGUGGAGAUAAGCGUCGGUGCGGGCGAUGAGGACAUCGAGAGUGAGAGCGAGGCACGCCCGGCGCCCUCCCGGUCGAAGAACUUGGCCUCUGUGAUGGCAGAGUCACAGGCGACUGCCACCACCAGGCCCCGUCCUCCGCCCGUGCGUGUGCCGGACAACCCUUUUGUGGCCAUGCCUGUAGCUGGGUCGUCUCGUGACCCGACAGCGCCCGGGGAGGAGACACACAUUCUGAUUAGUCGCGCGGAGUUCGAGGCCUUGAAGAAGGCGCAAGAAGCGAGCGCGCGCACCGUGGCCCGUCUUGAAGAGGAGCUGAGGUCUGCUAAGGCUGUGCAGGCGCGUGCACCCCCUCGCAGGCCGGACGAGCAUGUCUCGGGGAGCGGUGGUGCUUCUGGUCGGAAGCGGAAGCGUCGGGAAGAACUCGCCGAUGAGGAGACAUCCGACGAGGAGAGCGAGGAUGAGCCACCCACCAAGAGGGGGCAUCUGAGGGUGUCCAAGUCACCGGUCCUGCAGCGGGCGCUGAAUUUUCUGCCCGCAAACAAGUCGUGGAAGCGCGCGUGCGACCUGGUGAAAGAUUACCUCUUCUUUGAGAAGGAGAACGCCCGGAUCACGUUCUAUCCGAGCAGCGACGACAAGACGGUGGGAGUGUGUGCAGUGAUCGAGCGCCUGCCUUUCGAUUUCGCGACACUUGCUCUGGCUGCGGACAAGGCAAGACGGUCGGAUUUGAACAAGGCCCUUAGCGAGUGGAAGUCGGGCGCAGCAGGAAGGACGCGGGACAUCUCGUGUCCACGGAUGGGGCUUUUUUGUGACGAGCGAGAUACGCGCAGCCCAUGGGCCACGAAGAAGGACCGUACUCUGGAGGAGAUACGAUCGCAUUAUGGGCUGCUGCUCGGCGUUGACGAUCCCCUGGCAUUGUCCAAGUUUGGGAACGAUCGGGAGGGGAUGCCGUUCGCCUCUGGCGCAUUCGUGGCAUGCGCGGUUGCGGCAUUCAAGCCGAAGAAGGUGGUCGGGCCACUGACGGUGAAGCUUUACCACCUGGCGUGGCUGGAGCAUGUGGUGACCGACACGCUGGUGAACUGGGAGGCGAGGAAGGGGCGACUGUCGAACUCUGCCUGUGGAAACGCGCAGGUGGUCGAUGGGCUCGUGAUCCUUGCGCGUGAGGCAGUGUCGAACGCGAUCAGAAUCUUCAAGCCUAAGUACGACGUCGCCUCGUGCUCGUGGACCUGGGGGCGCCAUGGCCUUCGACUGUCCUCGUGCGGGCUGGAGGACUUAAUUCCAGCGACUGCCGCUACCCGUGAUGGGGCAGAGGUUCAGGCGGACGAGAUCUCUGGGUCGCUUGGAGGCCCGUAA